AUGUACGUCAGGGCUUACAGUCACCUUGCUGCCAAUAGUAAAAUAACGAAUGUUUGCUUCGAUGACGCUAUGAAUUUCACAAUUCAGCUGGGAGCUAAUUCCGUUGGCGACUGCCUCAACAAAUGCUGGAGAGCGACUAAGAUGAACUUGAGAGGCAUCAACUACGUGACAUCAGCGAGAUCUUGUUCGUGUGUUCCCAAAAUGAAUGUUUGGUACGGAGUGACUGCCAAACUGACUGGAGGAUGUCUGGCUUUUUUCGCUCAUGAAAAAGAUUGCCCGGCCGGUUUCGACUAUGUCGUUGAGUACAACAAGUGUUACAGCUUCCAAGUCACAGCGAAAAACUGGAUCAACUCAAGGGACUCGUGCAACGGCUUGCUCAACUCCCACCUUGUGAUCAUUGAGGAUUCCAUCGAAAACAAAGUCAUCAACAGCUACUCAGCUGCCAAAUAUGCGAGGUACACUUAUAUAAACGGUUGGGCCAGCAACAAGUCGGUAUUCGGUAUCGAGUCGAGUAAAUUAUGCUCGGUAUUGUGCUUGUCGGAGCAAUUGUCUGCAUGUAAGGGUUUCGAGUAUAAUGGCGGUAAUGGGGAGUGUAAGGUUGCGGGAGGGUUUGUCAUUGGGGUUAAUAAGUCUGCCCCUGCGAGUUUUGUAAGGUUCCGUGUCGUUGAAGACUGUCCGAUUGAUUCGACCUACGUACCGGCAAUGAAAUCUUGCUUAUCCUUUGUUAACUUAACUACCUCUUGGCACACUGCCAGAGAGACGUGCAAAAACAUGGCACCGAACUUCCAUUCAGUAGUCAAUGAAAGUCCCGACGAUACAUUGGCUCUCCGGAAAUAUCUUGGCUCGAUUUUGGUGCUUGAUGUUAAAAAUUUUCAUCCAAAAGACAGUGAAGAGGAGCAAUGCCGUGCCGUGCCGUGCAAAGAGUAUGAUCCCAUGACGGUUGUUUAUGAAAACUGGCUGAAGAAGAAUCUCAUAAAAUCUUCCGACAGCUGCAUCUACGUAGAUCCAGAUCUUUACUGGUAUUACAGUGGCUGCGAUGAGAAAAGAUGUAUCGUAUGUCAGCUCGGCAUUUUUUAG